UUAAAAUUAUAAUUUAACUUAAUUGCAAUAUUUAUUUAAAUUCCGGAAUUAUUUUAACAAAGAAAAAUUUAUUGCUUAUGGACAGUGCUAAAAGAUUAAAUCACCUCUCGUCUAUGGAUGAUGACAUGCGAAUGCUUAUUGGAAUAAUCGCAGAUGAGGAAACUACAAUUGGAUUUCUAUUGGCUGGUGUUGGAGAAUCAUUUGGUGUUUUAAAAAAGAAUCGCAGUUUUCUAAUGGUUACGGAAGGUACAUACGUAAAUGACGUUCAAAAUUUCUUUAUUUCACUCUACAAUCGUGCUAACAUUGGAGUAAUACUAGUGGCCUCUGACCUUUGGAAACAUAUUUUACCCGUUCUUGAUAUUCUGAAACGUAAACCACUUCCCAUUAUAUUGGAAAUAGAGACAAAGAGUUCAAUGACUAAAACCUUAAAACUGAAGGAAAAAAAUGUUGUUCAGAAGAUUGUAAAAAACCGAAAUUGAUGUGAAAUAAAAAAGAAACAUUGUAAAUACAGCAAUUAUUCCUCAGCGCCAAAUUGGCACUGUUGAGGGAAGUAAAAAUUUCAAACAAUAGACUUCGUAUUUGGAUCAAAAGAAGAGUAUGUGCCAAAUUUCAUCAAAUUAUCUUGAAAAUUGUGACCUGUAACAUGCGCACAAUGUUUACUUGGACACAAAGAUGGACAUAGCUUAAUCGACUUAGAGAGAAAGAAAGAUUCUAAACUAGAAAAACCCAGUAAAAACUUAACUUCCAAAAUAAGUAGAAAAGUAUGUAGAAUUCAAAGGA